CUUUACUCUUUAGUUUUUAUUUGAAUAUUUAUUAAGCAGCUACAGAUGAAAAUACACUAUCACUGUAUCUAUCUAUACAUGUAUACAAGCACACAGAGCUAUUGAGGAUGGUAACUAUGAGCUCGUUAUUGCAUAUGAUGUCUUUUACAAAAAUUUCAAUAUCAAGUUGUUUUGAUCUCUUGUUUUACACCAUUUUCGAGUUAUGGUUAAGGAAAAUACCACGUAAUGAAAUCAUCUUAUUUAGUGGUAGGUUUCAAAGUUUUUUUUUUUUUUUUUUUGAAAUUUCCUUUGGAGGGGCUGGGAGGAGGAUAAUAAGGUUCAUCUAGUUAAUUGGGACCAAGUCUGUCUCCCUAAAGCUGAAGGUGGGAUAGGAAUAAGGAAAUUGAAGAAUUUCAAUACCGCUCUUUUGUGCAAAUGGAUUUGGAGAUUCUCGGCUGAGAGAAAUGCUUGGCUUUUUGGAGAUCUCUCAUUGCUGAAAAAUAUGGGGUUGAUUGGGGAAACUGGAGAACUAGAGAUCCCCCUCCUAAUUGGGGCAAUUCUCUGUGGAAAGGUAUUAUGAGGAACUUUCCUGUUUUCGGGGAAGGGAUUUCUGUGAUUGUGGGUAAAGGUGAUAGAACUAAAUUCUGGAAAGAUAAUUGGUAUUUGGAAAGCCCCCUUGCAGGUUCCUUCCCUCAACUUUUUAGAUGUGUAGUUAAUCAGGAGGCUACUGUGGCUGGUUACUUAUCUUUGAUUGAGAAUUCAGUUACUUGGUCUCCUCUUUUAAGGAGAAAUUUAUUUGAUUGGGAGCUGGAAGAAUUCUUGGAGCUGAUGUCACUUAUGCUUAAUCAGAAGAUUGAUGUGCUUGGGGAGGAUAGGUGGUUCUGGAAAUGGAAGCCGGAUGGGGCUUUUUCUGUGAAGUCCAUGGCUGAUAAAUUAUGUAGCGUGGGGCUUUCUGAGUUCCCAGCUGGGCAGAUCUGGAAUCCUUUGAGUCCUUCAAAAUCCAACUUUCUGGUUUGGACGAUGGCACUUGACAAAUGUCUCUCCAGGUCUAAUUUGUUGAGAAGAGAUUUGGAUGCAUUUUCUUAAAGCUUUGGGUGCUAAGUGGGUCUUGCUGAAAUCAGUAAAGGAUCACCUUUGUUGCUGGAAGUUGAAGGGCCUAAGCAAGAGAGGGAAGCUAAUGUGGAAGACAAUCCCAGCUGCUGUCCUGUGGUCCAUUUGGGCUGAAAGGAAUAGUAGAAUCUUCUGUAAUAGGUCUAAGGGUCUUGAUGAUGUAAUUCAGAGAGCUGUGGGCAAGUUGAUCUCUUGGAUUUCCAUUUCUGGGGAACUCAGAGAUCUUAGCAUGCCUAAGGGUCUAAGGG